CCGCGCGGCGUCAGUCUGACCGAGUGUGUUGCGCAUCCUCGCAAUCCCGAAGUGCCCGACCUCUGGAUCGGACCGUUUGCGACAUUCGACAACCCCGCCCCGUGCUUUUCCCCGAGUUGCAUUUCGAUUAGUGCGAAGAGUGCAUUCGCUACCCGCGAUCGGCGACUCCUCCCGCCUUUAUUUAUGUUGUCGUUGUGGUGUGGUGAAUAUUUGUGUUGUACGGACAAAUACCGGAUUAUCUGUGCGCUCGAGUUUGUGGAUAUCACAAACGAGCUGUGGUUUUUCCGCGAAGAUUGACAGAAGUGCGUCACGUGCGCCGAGGCCACGGAUGCAUCUCGAGCGUACAAUGAUCUGCUAGCGUGGAGGAUGGUGGGCGUGGGAGUGGCCGAGGGCGGCACGGGCGGCGCCCCCGACGGCUACUACGGCGAGUACUACCCGCCGGAGCCCUAUUAUGUCCAGCCGGAGAUGUGCGCGCACCCGCCGCAGCACCCGCAACACACGCAUAUGUGCACCAUGCACGCUGACUAUACUGGCAUGCCGGUGGUAACAUCAGCGACAAUGAUGCCACAGUUGAUGCCGCCAGUGAUGGAUGAGGGCAUGCGGCACUAUCUGGUACACCCGCACCAGCAUCAUCACCAGCCGCAUCACCAGCCCCAUCACCAACAGCCCCACCAUCAGGCCCAGCCGCUUCACCAACCACCCCACCCAUAUGGUCCCACAAAUGGUGCAAGCGGUCCACAGCACUUCUACAAUCCGGGGUACACAACACACUACCAUCACGUGCCUCCACACCACAUGCAGCAUUCACCACCACCACCAUUAUACCCAAAAGAUGAAAGAACUCAGCGGCAGUAUUCAAAGCUAAAACAGAAGCUGGAAAGGAAGCAAAAUAAUAGAAAUAAUGGCACAGAAAUUAACUCCGGUGCCAGUACGCCGUCACUGUCGCCACGCAAAGAACUUAAUGGACGUGGAGGAGGUAGUGGUGGAGCUUCAUCAGGAACAUGGUCAGAGGGCGAGGGUUCUUCAGCAGGUGCUUCAAUACAGGGCGACGAUGACAAUGAUACACAAGCUUUGCUAGAUCUGCUGUCUGCUACGAGAACUCCUCAGGUCAGUGAUAUGACCCCAACAAGUGCUCUCGUGCAGUGGAACUCCCCAAUACCAGAAGGUGUGACUAUGCCCAAUGUUGAUCUGACAUAUGAUUUACUACUGGGAGACCGUGGUCGGUACAAGGCUAUUUAUAGUGGACCUUCACUAUCGUGCAGGGUAAGAGACUUGAGGCCUGGCUGUGAAUACUCGGUGUGUCUACAAAUCCGCGCCGGCGAGCUUAUAGGCGCCGCGAGCGAGGCCGCCAUUUUCCGCGCGCCCCCCGCACCCCCGGACCAACUGCCCUCCGCCCGCGUCACCCAGAGGCAGCGGACCUCGCUACUCCUACGCUGGCCUACCGCCACCGAAAACGGCGCCCGCGUCACCCACUACAUUCUCGAAAUGGACUCCGGCGAGGGCUUCGCAGAGAUCACGCGACCGCGCACCCGCCAGCAUACAGUAAACAACCUCCGACCGCAGACGCGGUACAGGUUCCGCAUCGCGGCCGUGAACGAAUGCGGCCGCGGAGAAUGGAGCGAGGAGACCGUGGUGUGGACGGCUGGAUCUCCGCCACCCGCGCCCGCCCCGCCACUCCUGUCCGACCCCACCACCACCGCGCUCAAGCUCAACUGGGAUCGCCGCGCCGAUGAGGAGUUCACUCUGCAGAUGGACGACGCGAGCCGAGGGCACGGCUUCUUGCCGGUGUACAGCGGACCCGAUUGCUCUCACGUGUGCGAGGGCCUACGGAGAGCCACGGACUAUCGAUUUCGAUUACGUUGCGAGACCGCGGACGGCCAGGGCCCUUGGUCAAUAGAAGUGACCUACACUACGCUUCCGGAGAGACCCGGCCCUCCCGGCCGACCGGCGAUUCGCGGGAAGGUACAUUCGCGAGCGUUCAGGCUCAAGUGGGAACCUCCCGGGGACGACGGUGGGGCCAAGAUUGACUCCUACACGUUGGAGCUCGACGGCGGUGAAGGCUACCGCUGCACUUAUCAAGGUACCGAACGAGAAGCACAUUGCGACAGAUUAUCACCGGGAACGUCUUAUCGUGCCAGAGUUCGGUGUGCAAACGUGGCCGGCGAGAGCGACUGGGCCGUCUCGGACGUUCUCUCGACAGAGGCGACAAUUCCCGGGGCUUGCUGCGCACCAGAACUGGUCACGGAUCCCCGUGCCACUGUAGCGACGGUUCGUUGGCGUCCUCCGGAAUGCACGGGCGGCGCUCCUAUCGCCGAAUAUCGAGUGGAAAUAGCGGGCGACGACGGCGUCGUCAGACAGGCCUACACCGGAUCACAGGUCGAAUUCACGGUGAGAGAUUUAACACCCGGUUCUCAGUAUAGAUUAUGGGUGACCGCGUGUAACGCCGUAGGUGUGAGUGCGCCCUCACCCGCCCUCCGGUUCGAGACGAAGGCGGCUCCUCCCGACGCUCCGGAACCUCCAGUGGCCACGAUCGAAAGCCCGACGAGUGCACGCCUCGAAUGGAUUCCGCCCGCUUCUAAUGGCGCUCCGAUCGUCGACUAUCAAGUAGAAAUGAGCGGAAUAAACGUGGACGAUUCGUUCACACAAGUCUAUCGAGGAACCGAAACGACGUACGUGGUCGAAAGUUUGACCCCGUUCACUCCCUACUUUUUCCGCGUGUGCGCGACCAACGCGGCGGGACGCGGGCCGUGGUCGGGUAUGAAGGAUGCGCUGACCCCGCGAGCCCCUCCCGCCGCUCCGACGGGCAUCCGACACGAAUCGACCGCCGACUCGCUGCAUCUGUUUUGGCGGGUGCCGGCGUGCCACGGAGCCGAGAUCCUAUCGUACCGAGUGAAAGUCGGAGAGGAAGCCUUCGAGUCCGAGGGGUCGACGCCGGAGCAGCUGGUGGAGGGCCUCGAGCCGAACACCGUGUACGGCGUUCGGGUGGCGGCCCUCAACGAGCUCGGGCUCGGCGAGUGGUCGGAGGAGGCUCGAGCGGGGACACGGCCGCGGCCACCGGCCCCGCCGCGACUGCGAGUGGCGCAGGCGGCGCACAACCACAUCCGGCUCGAGUGGGCCGAAGCGACCGAGGGAGUCCAGUAUUGCGUCGAGAUGCGCGCCCCGGACGCGCGGGAGUUCCGACCCGUCUACCGUGGGUCGGCGCGCGCCUGCAAGGUGAAGAAGCUGCGAGAGGCGACAACGUACUGGUUUCGGAUCCGGGCGAGCGAGGAACGCGGCGGCCGAGGCCCAUGGUCGGCGGCGGUGGCCUCCACCACGCCCAGCGCACCACCUCCGGCGCCCGCGGCCCCAUCUGCCACUCUCACUGCUCCGAAAGUCGCUCUCGUAGCCUGGGAACCUCUCGACGAUGCCGAGUUCGUGCUACAGUGUGCCCGAGCUAAGGAUGCCGUGUACAAACAGAUUUACUCUGGCACGGAGACGCAGUUCCAACUGGAAGAUCUGGAAUACAGCGCGGAGUAUUUGUUGCGCGUAUGCGCCGUGCGUAACGGGUUGACGAGCGCAUGGUCCGGUGCAACUCGGCUCGCCGUGGGGGCGGCCCCGGUCGGGGGGCGCACUCGCCGUGCUCGGCCUCCGCGCACCCUGUCUCCCCGCCAGGUGGCGCUAGUGAUGGCGGGCGGCUUCCUCCUGCUAGCGGUGCUGGUGGCGGUGCUAGUGCAGCGGCUGGUGGAGCCGGUGCCGUGACGCGCGCUGGCGGCGGCCAGGCCCCGGGCCCUGGCGCGCCUCUAGCCGUCGCCCUACGAGUCGUAUGGCCCGAUGGCCUUGCUUGAUUCAGGAUUCCAGUGCCCGUUUUAGGUUCGUUGAUUUUAGGUACGGUCGUUUGGGCCGUUCCUUUUUUUGUAUCCGUAGUAGGAAUGUUUCGAUCCGGGAACAAGGUACGGUGCAAUUUUUUAUACAAAUCGAGUGACGUGCGCGUUUACGGCAUACGCGACUUCAGGAGUGCAAUUAUAUUUAGGUAGGAGUAUCCGAAUUGUCUCGAUGGGGCGGACGAGGGUCGAAUUCGUCGUUUUAUAUGUUCGCCUAAAUCUAAAUCCUAACGCUUCGAAAGUCCUUCGCUUCCGCCCCGAUCUAUCGAACUGUACAUACUUAGCAUAACUUCCAUCGUUUAAUACGAGACGGCAGUUAUUAUAUCUCGCUUAGUGUAAUAUUUCAUUUCUAACUUUUAUAUUCACUACGAUUAGGCGAGCUCAAAUAUCGGUGUUAAUUUUUGUAUUGUAUUGCGGCGUUUCGCCCAGACGGCCUACAUUUGUACGACGUUCAUGUUUUACAAUCAGUCCACGCUCGUAGAUGUUUUAUACGUAUGAAAGUGAUGUUGCCAUUUCAAUGUAAAUUGUAUCGUAGAAAGUGUUACAUUCGUGUGUCGGUCUUCGACUUUCGUUUCUAGUCUAUACUGAUUCAGUUUAGCAGCUUUAUAUAUUUUAUUAAAUAUUGAAUUGUUUUAGCUAUAUGAUCACUUCCGAUACCAAUCUCCUAUCUCUGUAUGUUUUCCAUACAUUUGAUAUUUUUAUAAAAGUUUUCAAUCAGUAUGUUGCAUAUAUUUUAUGAUAAGCAUAGCAAAUUAGUGAUGUCGGUGCUGUAAUGAUAGAGUCGAUUAGAGGGGCGAGGUCCCGCGUAUAGCAACGAGUUUCCAGUGUGUGUGCUGUGAUCACCUCCUUAUGCGAUUGAGACUGAUUUUUUAAAAGAAAUGCUUUCUAUAGGAUUGUUUUAUGGGCUUUCGAAUCCAAUUUUUAAAACACUUAGAUGUGGACCGACUGAGCGGUUAGACAAAGCGGAGUUAAGCCAACUAUUCGUCUAUGUGUGGGGUGUGCCCACUCCUCUUGCAUGUUAUAAUGUCAAAUUAUUAUACUACUCCUUAUUAAUAAUAUUCGUUAACUUCUAUAUACCUUUAAUGUUUUAUGCUUAAUAUUGAUUAAUUUGUUUUAUUAAUAGUACAUGACGUUUAUCGAUGACAUUAUUGUAAUAUAGAAUAAAUUGUUUAUAAAUUUAGAGAUUAUAAAAUUUAUUGAGAUUGUUACCACCCGGUAUUUUAAGUAAUGUCGGAAGCGACCGUAAUGUGUAAGGAAUAUAUUUCCAAAAAAACUAAAAAAAAAAAAUAGAUCAAAGUCAUGUUUCGAUGUUUGUUACUUUUAUUGAUAUAUUAGAAAAAAUAUUAACAGAUAUUCUUCUAAAUAUAAUUUUUCCAUGAAAUAGUUUGUAGAUAAGCGAAGUAAGUUUAUUGUAUUCAUUUAUGGAGAUAGGAAAUGCAUUUUAUGCAAUUCGCUUUGAUGUUCUUAGUGUCAUUCACGAUAAUAAAUGUUGUUUGAAGAUGUCAACUAAUGUGGUAUUAUAAUAGUAAUAAAGUUAUAAUCACCUAGGCCUUAAUGCAUUAAAUGUCUAAUAGCUCCAUCGGUGUUUGUCUUGGACAAGAGCUUACCAUUGUCUAUUUUAAAUAAGCUUCGCUACGCGUGUAUCUCUGUGUUUCAUUAGACAUUCCUUGGUGUUUUCGAGGCAGUGAACUUGCGACCGCACUUAACCCUAGUGCCAAUUUGUCAGCCCAGCUGGCAAUGCUUUAUUUUCGAAAAAUUUAUAAGCAUAAUGUGCAAUCGGUUAGUUUAUCGCUUAAUAUAAUAUUUAUUUUUUUAGAAAUCAGAAUUUAUAGCUUUGUAUAAAGGAAUUGUUCCUAAAUGAAUUUUAUAUUGUACAAUACGCCGCAAUCAAAAUUGAAUACUACAGGCAUUCCAAGUUUAUUCCACGUGUAAAUAGGCCUAAUGAAUUCUAUUUAGAUGUACAUGUUUCUCUAUGGGAAUGUAAAUAUUAUCUGGUGUUGAGCUGUAUACCGAAACUACACUAUGUUGAAACUAUUUUUUUUAUUACAAUGUAUUAAUGGGGAUAACAUCUCAUAUUGUAUUUGUGUUUGAAUUAGUAACGUAUAACGAAAUGUAUAUGUUUAUAAUAUAAUAUUUGAUGAUGUUAUGUAUACAAUUUAUUAAACGUGAAUAUAUCAAUAAAACUAUAUUUUGUGUA